GCUCGGUGUUUCCGUCAGUUGCAUCAUUUCCGCUGUCUCUGCUCAUCGGUGAGGGUCCGCAUUGCUCAGAAUGGUGGAGGUGGUGCCAGAGUCUAUCCACUUCCCCUCGGAGGAGGAGCGAAUCCUGCAGCUCUGGCUGGACAAGGACUGUUUCCAGGAGUGUCUCAAACAGAGCAAGAACCGGCCCAGGUUCACGUUCUACGACGGGCCGCCCUUCGCCACCGGCCUACCUCACUACGGACACAUCCUAGCUGGAACCAUCAAGGACAUCGUGACCAGGUUUGCUCAUCAGAACGGCUUCCACGUGGAGCGCAGGUUCGGCUGGGACUGUCACGGCCUGCCCGUGGAAUAUGAGAUCGAUAAAGCGCUGAAUAUCCGAGGACCGGAGGAUGUGGCUAAGAUGGGCAUAGCGGAGUACAACAAGCAGUGCAGGAGCAUCGUCAUGAGAUACGCUAACGAGUGGGAGACGUCGGUGAGACGAAUGGGCCGCUGGAUUGACUUCAGGAACGACUAUAAGACGCUGUACCCGUGGUUCAUGGAGACCGUGUGGUGGGUGUUUAAGCAGCUGUAUGAGAAGGGUCUGGUCUACAGAGGGGUGAAGGUCAUGCCGUUCUCCACCGCCUGCAACACGCCGCUCUCCAACUUCGAGGCCCAUCAGAACUACAAGGACGUGCAGGACCCGUCUGUGAUCGUGACCUUCCCUCUGCUGGAGGACGAGACGGUGAGCUUCCUCGCCUGGACCACCACGCCGUGGACCCUGCCCAGCAACCUGGCCCUCUGCGUCAGCCCCGACUUCAUCUACGUCAAGGUCAAAGAUAACAGCUCGCAGCAGGUGUACAUCAUGAUGGAGGCCAGACUCGUCGCUCUCUUCAAAUCUGACUCGGAGUACACCAUCCUGGACAAAUUUCCUGGCAAGACCCUGAAGGGCAAAAAAUACAAGCCUCUGUUUGAGUACUUCAUCAAGUGUAAGGAGAGCGGUGCGUUCUCGGUGGUGGUGGAUAACUAUGUGCGUGAUGAUGACGGGACAGGAGUGGUCCAUCAGGCCCCAUACUUUGGAGCUGAUGAUUACCGCGUCUGUAUGGACUAUAAGAUCAUCCAGAGAGACUCGGCUCCCAUCUGCCCUGUGGACUCAUCCGGCGUCUUCACUGCAGAGGUCACUCACUUCGCCGGGCAGUACGUGAAGGAUGCAGACAAAAACAUAAUCAAGUGGCUGAAGGAGAACGGGCGUCUGGUGAGCUCCAGCUCGUUCAAGCACAGCUACCCGUUCUGCUGGAGGUCGGACACGCCGCUGAUCUAUAAAGCAGUGCCCAGCUGGUUUGUGAGGGUGGAGCACAUGGUGGAGAAGCUUCUGGACAACAACAGCAAAUGCUACUGGUACAGUGAAUCUGGUGUCUCUACACCUGUGUGUGACCUGCGUGUUUGCGGCUCUUGUGUAAUGCAUGACUGGACAAACUCUCUUCGAAGUUCGGCUGGGAACAGCAAUGCAUUUUAUGGACGACCGUUUCCCGUGGUGAUUUCACCAGCAGGUUUGGCAGAUGAUCUUGAGUGUUGGUUCUUCGUUGGUGUUUAGGUGGUGUGUGUGGGCUCCACGGCUGAGCUGGAGGAGCUGACAGGAGCUAAAGUAUCUGAUCUUCACAGAGAGAGCAUUGACGGCCUGACCAUCCCGUCCCGCUGUGGGAAGGGGCAGCUCAAGAGGGUCUCGGAGGUGUUCGACUGCUGGUUCGAGAGCGGCAGUAUGCCCUACGCUCAGGUGCACUACCCGUUUGAGAACAGGCGUGAGUUUGAGGACGCCUUCCCGGCCGAUUUCAUCGCUGAGGGCAUCGACCAGACCAGAGGAUGGUUUUACACGCUGCUGGUGCUCUCGACCGCUCUGUUUGGGAAACCGCCGUUCAAGAACGUGAUUGUCAACGGCCUGGUUCUGGCGAGCGACGGACAGAAAAUGAGCAAGCGUAAGAAGAAUUACCCCGACCCCAGCCUGAUUGUGCAGAACUACGGUGCCGACGCGCUCCGACUGUAUCUGAUCAACUCCCCCGUGGUCCGUGCUGAGAACCUGCGCUUCAAAGAAGAGGGGGUUCGAGACGUGCUCAAAGACGUCCUCCUGCCCUGGUACAACGCCUACCGCUUCCUGGUGCAGAACAUCCAGAGACUGCAGAAGGAAGAGGCCAUCGAGUUCCUGUACAACGAGAGCACAGCCAGCGUGAGCGACAACAUCAUGGAUAAAUGGAUCCAGUCUUUCACUCAGUCACUCAUUCAAUUCUUCAGAGAUGAGAUGGGAGCCUACAGACUCUAUACGGUGGUUCCCAAACUUGUCAAGUUCGUGGAUAUGCUCACCAACUGGUAUGUGCGGACGAACCGCAGGCGGCUGAAGGGUGAGAGUGGUACUGAGGACUGCAUGCGAGCCCUGGAGACCCUCUUCAGCGUGCUCUUCUCCAUGUGCAGACUGAUGGCUCCCUUCACGCCGUUCAUAACGGAGCUGAUGUACCAGAACCUGUGUCAUCUGAUCGACCCGGCGUCAGUGGAGGAGAAGGACACGGCGAGCAUUCACUACCUCAUGCUGCCGCAUGUCAGGGAGUCUCUGAUAGACAAGCGCAUCGAGAGCGCUGUAUCUCAGAUGCAGUCGGUCAUCGAGCUGGGCCGUGUGAUCCGAGACCGGAAGACCCUGCCUGUCAAGGAGCUGAAUGUCCGCCAGCUCACUCUGUCCACCGACAAGGACAAAUACGGCAUUCGUCUGCGAGCUGAGCCGGAUCACAUGGUGCUGGGCAAACGGCUGAAAGGGGCAUUUAAAUCUGUGACUGCAUCCAUCAAAGAGCUGAAGAGUGACGAGUUGGAGAUCUUCCAGAGGACAGGCAUGUACCGCAUCACACAAAACCAUCGCUCUGUCAUCGUUUACUCCCCUCGUGCCGCUCAGUUCGUUCUCCUGCCGAACACACAAGGAGAGUUACUGGAAACCGUGAUGAAGUUUUCCCAUCAGGAGCUGAAUGUCCGCCAGCUCACUCUGUCCACCGACAAGGACAAAUACGGCAUUCGUCUGCGAGCUGAGCCGGAUCACAUGGUGCUGGGCAAACGGCUGAAAGGGGCAUUUAAAUCUGUGACUGCAUCCAUCAAAGAGCUGAAGAGUGACGAGUUGGAGAUCUUCCAGAGGACAGGGUCCAUCGUUGUGGACGGUCACGAGCUGCACGAGGACGAUCUGCGUCUGAUGUACAGCUUCGAUCAGACCUCGGGAACACCGUCCCAGUACGAGGCGCAUUCAGACGCUCAGGUGCUGGUUCUUCUGGACGUCACCCCCGAUCAGACCAUGCAGGACGAAGGUGUGGCCCGCGAGGUCAUCAACCGCAUCCAGAAGCUGCGCAAGAAGGGUCAUCUGGUCCCGUCGGAUGAGAUCACUGUGUAUUACAGCAGUCAGCCGGCGGGGGAAUACCUGGAUAAAGUCAUCCAAGCACACACAGACUUCAUCUUGGCCACGACUAAAGCUCCUCUCAAGCCCUAUCCAGUGGCCCAGAAUGCCAGUGUGAUCGUCCAGGAGAAAACGCAGCUGAAGGGCUCGGAUCUGGAGUUAACUAUCGUGCGAGGGUCCUCCGUCUCCAGAGCGCUUCUGACCACCGCGGCCUGCGCUUACGUCAACCUCAGAGUCACGCUCAAGGACAGACAGCAAGAGGGUGUCGUUCUGCUGGAGAACCCCAAGGGUGAUGACACACUGGACGUGGAGCGGCUCAAGACCGUCUGCUGUAGUGUUUUUGGACUCGACGGCGCACCUGUGACCAUAUUCAAUGGGAAGACAGCGCUGAACGCCGAGACUGACCUGAUGUCCCUGAGCGGGAGAACACUGACGGUGACCUCGGGUUCGAGUCCUGCAGACGCGAGCAGCUCCGACUCUCUGCUGUGUCCGUAUGUGAACCUGCAGCUCAUGAACGCCAGUCCGGCCGAGUGUAAGACUGGAGACGUGGCCACGCUACUCUUAAUGAACCCAGCGGGGAAGAACGCCUUGCUCUUCCCUGAUCUGCUGUGUGAAGCGGCUAAAGUCUUCGGCUUGAGAGGAAGAAAGCUGACGCUCUGCCUGAAUGAAGAGCUUACAGACGAGCUGGAGGCGUCCUCUCUGCACACUCUGAACACCAAGACCCUCUUCGUCAAAGUUCUUCCUACAACAGCAGAAGCCUAAGCAGAUCAUCAGCAGCAGCUCUUCCUCCUCGCGUCUGUUUGAGAUGAUGGGUUUGGUGUUUGUAAUGGAAAACUCUGGGAAUCUCUUCAUGUGUGUUGAUUGAUUAGAGUAAGUGAAGAUUAUAACUGGAGCUGUACUCUGUGGGGAAGCUUUGAAUAAACCUCGAGUUGCAAAUAAAA